UUGUAAUAGAUCGAAGUGCUUGUGAGUUAUUUGCGUGCAUCUUUAGUAGAAAGCUGGACAAUUUGUCAGGAAAAAAUUAAAAAUAUUUUAAUUCUUACUCAAAAAAAGAAAUACGCUUUUCUAAAAUCGUGAAUGAUUAUUGCAAUUAAAAUUAAAGCAAAUAUUUUCGAAAAAACUACUUACGUGACAAUUAGAAAAAUGAAGCGUAAAAUGCGCUGAUUGGAAGGUGGGAAAGAGUGAGCUAGGUACAAGAGCGAGAGAGCGGGUGAAAAUGAAAGAACGCCAAAGUUGACAUUUUGAAAAGGGAAUAAGCAGUACAGCAAAAACGCCAAGAAUCCGUGCAGAAUCAACUAAAAUGGAAAAGAAUCUCACUAAAGUGGUUGACGCUUUUAUUCAAAUAGUUGAAUAUAUAAAAUGAGAAUUCAUUUAUUUUUGCGUAAAUUGUUUUCGCUAUUCAUUGAAAAAGAAAUUACAUACCAAACGAUCGCCUAAAAUAGUGUGUUUUGUUGUGUUUUGCAUUGAUAAGCAACGAGGUAGCCACCGGCUAUAAGUUAAAAGUGCUAAUUGGAAGUAUAAAAUAAUUAUAGUAGUGGUGCGUAAAUACGAUAGAUCUGAAAAGGGGCAGCAAUGUCGGGCGGAAGGGAGUCAAACAGCAGUAAUACGAGCUCCAACAGUACCGGAGUUUCGACAACUGCGUCCUCCACGCCCACAUCAUCAGGCCAAAAUAACAACGGCAAUCAACGCUCUCGUGGGCGUCCAGCCAAACGCGCCACUUGUACGUGGUGCGGCGAGAGUAAGCAACUUCUACAGUAUGUGUUACCCACUCAAAACGGCAAGAAGGAGUUCUGUUCGGAAACGUGCAUUGCGGAAUUUCGGAAAGCGUACAACAAGGGUGCGUGCACGCAAUGCGAUAAUGUCAUUCGAGAAGGCGCGCCAAAUAAAGAUUUUUGUUCAGUUAUGUGUAUGAACAAACAUCAGAAGAAGAAUGGAUCGACGAGACAGCAUAGCAGUGGUGGUGCUGGUGGACGUGGCGAUUUGGAACGUGGCAAAUUGUCAUCUAUUGGCGGUGGCUCCUGUACGCCAACUGGCCCAUUUCAAUAUGAAAGCUUUCACGUAUUUGAUUGGGAUGCAUAUUUAGAGGAGACUGGGAGUGUGGCAGCACCGGCGGAGUGCUUUAAGCAAGCAUUGAACCCUCCAAUCAACGAUUUCAAAAUUGGCAUGAAAUUAGAGGCGUUGGAUCCCCGAAAUGUUACUUCGACAUGUAUUGCGACGGUUGUGGGAGUGCUCGGUUCGCGGCUGCGACUGCGCUUGGAUGGCAGUGACAGUCAGAAUGAUUUUUGGCGCUUGGUCGACUCGAAUGAGAUCCAUGCGAUUGGGCACUGUGAGAAGAACGGCGGAAUGUUGCAACCACCACUCGGCUUUCGCAUGAAUGCCUCCAGCUGGCCCGGUUACCUGUGCAAGAUAUUAAAUAACGCAAUGGUUGCGCCGGAAGAGAUUUUCCAACCAGAGCCGCCAGGUCCUGCGGAGAAUCUCUUCAAAGUUGGCCAAAAGCUCGAGGCGGUCGACAAAAAGAAUCCGCAACUGAUUUGCUGUGCGACGGUUGAUGCGAUCAAAGACGACCAAAUUCAUGUGACAUUCGAUGGGUGGCGUGGGGCAUUCGACUACUGGUGUAGCUACGAUUCCCGGGAUAUAUUUCCAGUCGGUUGGUGCGCACGUAGUUGUCAUCCAAUGCAACCGCCGGGUCAUAAAUCGCGUACCGAUUCGAGUUCGAGCAAGCACCGCAGCCCACGGCCACGCUAUACUUUCGUCCAGGAGACAGACGCAAUGGUACCGGCUACUCCCGUCACCGCACACUUCCACACAAACUGCAAAGGCGGCCCAUUCAUCAACAGUUCCAAGUUGCCAUCAAUGGUCACUGGACCCACACAUCAAACUUUGGCGAAACUAUGCUUGCAGGAAGUGCUGGCUGCCAGCACAGACACACAACAGCUUUCAAAACUACUAUUUGCAUUAGAGGGAGAUGUUCACAUUGUGCCAGCAGCAGGAAAAAAUUUCACCAUCAAAAUCCCGUCGCAAUUACGAAUGAGAGACGACGACAGCUUGGCACAAUUCAUUGAAACUCUGUGCACGACAUGUAGAGCAUGUCCCAAUCUCAUAUCUUUGGUACCCGCCACGGAAGAAUGUGAAAAAUGUGCCAUUGCUAAGAAGAGACAGUUGUCACAGAGUACCACGCCGCCUACGUCGCCAGUUAUACCUGAGAAACGCAAAGCGCUCGGUUUGCUGGGCGAAAAGACGCAUAUUAUAAAACAAGAAAUACCCACUUCAACAACUUCCACACACAUCGUGGACUCAUCUUCGGCACCGGCCAUGGUAGCUGUGGGUGCUGGCAUACCGAAAAACGACGUUGACCACAAAUUAUCGCUCAACAAUAACAAUUUAGUACCAGUGCAAAUUAAGGUUGAACCGAAUACAAAUGGUACCUCGACUGCAACACAAGCGCAGACACUUCGUCAGAUACGACUGCACCACCUGAACAAUCCGGACGAUGCAAUACAGCUACCAAACACCACAUCCAGUGCUGCAACUUCGACGAACUCCAAUGCUAAGUAUCUGGCACCACUUGUGGCCGAAGUGCAUCCAGAACAAUCCAGUGUUGUCAAUACGGUCAUUGGAUCUUCGACAUACAAAUCCCCAUCCACACUGUCGUCCAGCGCAUCCUUACCUACAUCGGUAUCGACACCAUUUAGCGGUUCGCAGUCUGCUUCAUCGACUGCGGCAGCUGCUGCGGGGACGGUUGUUUUCUCGGCGGCUGCACCGCCAACCGCUGCGGCAUCAUCACUGAGUUCUGCUGCUUUACCGCCACUACGUUCACACCCCGGCGAUUGGUCCAUUGAGGAAGUGAUACAGUUCAUUGAAAGCAACGAUAGCUCACUUGCUAUACACGGCGAUCUGUUUCGCAAGCACGAAAUUGACGGGAAAGCACUGCUGCUUCUUAAUUCCGAAAUGAUGAUGAAGUACAUGGGUCUUAAAUUAGGACCUGCCUUAAAAAUAUGCAAUUUAGUGAAUAAGGUUAACGGUAGACGCAACAAUAUGUCAUUAUAAGUGAAUGAGAGAGAGAGAGAGAGAAGAGGGAAAACCUAAAUGCGAUAACGAAAGAGCGCUAACGAUAAACAUUUAAACAUAUAAACCGGAGCAUUUGUAGUUAUCUGUUUCUAAGGACUCUUGUAAAACCAGUUGACAAUGAAUAAUAGAUGACAAAUGUUAGAAAAACUUGCAUAUACUUAAUAGAGUUGAAGAAGCGCAUUCCAAACGUACACAAUGAAAGAAGUUGUUGGAAUAAUUUCUAUAACAUGGGUACCUUUACGUAUAUUUGAAUUAAAAUUUACUAUACUAAUAUUAAAAUUUGAACUAAUUUAUAGAAUCGCGCGCUUAAACGAUUUGUAUUUUUAAAUUCACUAUGCUAACCUACAUAUUUAAUGUACGUAUAUUUUUACAGAAGAGUAAUAAGAAUUUUUACAUGACUGUAAGUUUAUUUGUUUAAGAUUAAAAAAUGCCUAAGUAAAAAGAAGAAAGGUGGUAAGGGAAGAUACAUAUUUAUAUAUAUGAACUUUUAUGAAAUAUCACAAAAGCACAAUAAACAUUAGAAAUGUUGUUUCAAGAUGAAUCUUCCUUUUGAUUGUAAACAUGCAGAUCAUUAUUUCUUCAUGCAAUUAUAAGUAUAUAUAUAUACAUAUAUAUAUAUAUAUAUAUAACUAAGUAACUAAGUACGUUGCAACGUUUGCACUCUAAAUAAACAGAAAUCUUGAAUUUUGAAUAAGAGAAUAAUUUUAAUUGGAACAGAAACACUGGCACCACCAGUGGCUAAAAAAAAUAAUAGUUGGGCAUAUAAUUUAUUCUAUUAUCUAACAAGCACCAAUCAAAAAUCAUUUUUUAAACGAUAGACUUUGUUGUUUUCCAUCGAAAUGUUGUAACAAAGAAAUAGCUCUCAAUUGUUGCCGCAGAAAAUGUUGCUCGCUUUUGAUUGAAUUAUAAUAAUUUAGCAUAAAUUAACAAUAGCUAUUAAGCAGUUAGUAUUACACGAUACUCACACACACACACACACAUACUCUCGCAUGUGUACACACACACACUCUCACAUAUCUACAUGCGUAAAUAUCUCGCAAUUUGGCGUUAAUACGACUGCUGAUGCCCAGAAAGUGGGAGCGCUGCUUUUUGAAUGGGUGAGCAAUCAUUCAGGCCUCAACACACACACACACACCCGCGCUCACCUUCAUUCUAGAGCUUGUAGGCGCGUAUAGUUUUACAACCAAUUACAGACGUAGUUACGAAUUAGCAACACACGCAGAUAGACGGAAAGCAACGCUCGCUCUUAGCUCUUUGAUUUGCCUUUACUUUCGAUGCAGCAGAAUAGUUUAUGUCUAUGCGGAUGUAAAAUUUUCACAUAUUGAUGCUGUUUUUUGUUUUGAAUUUCAUGUUAACAUUUGUACCUAUGCCUUUCAUAAAUACAUACAUACACACAUACAUAUACAUAUAUAAAAGUUAAAAAUUGUAAUGCAAGUAUACGUAACAAUUCACAUUUAAUCUUGAAAAGAACACACACACACACAUGGACACACAGAAAUUAACACAUAGUGUUACACACACACACGUACAUACUAUAUAUUCAGAUAUUCUCGGAAUAACGCAAUCAUAGCGCAAGUAAGCCACAUUUUAAUUUAUGUAUAUUCAGAUAUAAAAUUAGCUUUAUUGUACUACUCAUAGCAAUAGUUAAAAAAAAUGCAAAAGGAAUGACGGAAAUCAAGCAAAAAUAAGCCUACAUACAUACAUACACACAUAUAAGGGAAUUCAGCAAGCACAUAAACUCACAUAUACAUACAUACCUAUAUGCUACAUAUAUGAGAAUAAUAUUGAAAUUAUGGAAUGUUACUAAGUUGUACACGUACACACGUGCAUACAUACAUACAUACAAACUUACAUAUGCAUGUAAAGUCUUAGUUGAUUCGAGGAUGUAUUUAAAACAGAGAAACAGUCGUGGAAAUAUGAAAUUCCCCUGCAGCUUCCAUUUACGAUUACAAUUGCAGCGGUACCGGCUCUCUCUACAGCCUACGAACAUACAUACGAACAAUUGUUGACAGUCGGGCGGAAUUUAGUAGCAGCAAAAUUAAAUGUGUAUAGAGAAUUAGCGAUAAAAAAUUCACGUCCGAUGCUGAAAUGAAUAUAGAAAAUAGCAGAUAAUUGAAAGGAAAUAAUAAAAAUAACAAAAUCAGUAUAAUUAUCGCUUGCUUUCGCUGGUUUGCAUGCAUACAUAUGUACAUUCUGUCAAAAAAGUACCGGGAAUUGUACAAUAGAACGCAAAAUAAUAGUUUAAUCUUCAAAUUUAUUUUGUCGCCUUCCAAAUAUGCGCCAUUCGCAGCAAUACACGAAUAUGCCAACGAUUAGUCCAGUCAUUAAAGCAACUUUUAAACGCAUUUGAAGAGAUCUUCUUUGGCUCCUACAGCGAAUUCUCUUUAAUAGCCAAAGCGGCGUCCGCGGAGUGGCAAUUUAAGUUUUGGGAAAAGGAAAAAGUCACAGGGGGCUAAAUUCGGUGAAUACGUUGGUUGUUCGAUGAUAUUUGUCGAGUUUUUGUUCAAAAAAGUGUUCACAAUAUGAGCGUUGGGAGACGCUGCGUUCUCUUGGUGCAAGAUCCAUGAGUUUUCUUUCCACAAAUUGGGCCCUUUCCUAGGCACAUCUUCUCUCAAACGUCGCAUAACUUCCAAAUAAUAUUCUUCAUUUGCCUUAGAACCAUUUGAAACGAAUUCCGAGUGCACAACACCAUGACAAUCAAAGGAAACGUCAAGCAUGACUUGCACUUUUGACCGACUUUCACGUGGUUUUUUGGGUUUCGGCUCAUGUGGAUAGCGCCAUUCAGUUGCCUGUUGACUGGUUUGCCUGUCAAACUCAUAUACCCACGUCUCAUCACCUGUCAUGAUGCGCAGAUGCGCUAGAUAAACGCUGCGCCCGAAUUCACUUGCCCAAACAUGUCUGCAGUCACCUUCUUCUGCCGAAUUUUUUUAAAGAAAUUCAACUCUCUUGGAACGAGUCGAGCAGCCACGCGUCUCAUGCCCAAUUGAUGGUGUAAAAUGUUGUGAAUUGAUUCGUGAGACACGCUAAGGUCACGAGCUACCUCCCUCCAAAUUAAAUGAUGGUUUUCUAGCACCAUUUCCUUGACUUUGUCGACGUUUUCAUCCGUUGAAGAGGCGUUUCCACGGCAGUCGGUUCUACGUUACCGAAACGAUCCGGAUUUAUAUCCGGCCAAGGAUUGCCACUCCAGCCGAAUUCCCCGUAUGUAAGAAUGUUUAUGCUGCUACAACAAACCCAACAACAUGAGGAAGAGGCGACCAGAUCGGCGCAAAUUUUCCACGACUUCUCGGCCCUCUGCAAAAGCCUUAUACCACUCGUAGACCCCUGUUUUUGUGAAAGCACCUUGCCACAGGCUUUGUACAACAUUUUCAACUAUUCGGCACACGAAAUCCCGUUCAAAACACAAAAUUUAAGACCAUAUUUUUAUCCAUAGUGAAAAUCGCAGCGCACAUCUGCGGUUGACUGAUGUAAUUAAAAGCCAAAAACAAGCUAAUUGACAGAUUACGCUUAAACUCUGCGACGCUAUAGUGGACAGUUGUACCAACAUUCCAACAAAAAAAAUUUAGACAUAUUACAAUUAUGCGCGCCUUUUAAAUGAACAAUUCCCGAUAUUUUUUUGACAGAAUGUAUACCCAUAUGCUCUUUGACUACAUUUCUCCUGUUCAUUAAUUUCAGCCUUCAGUCGAUCUGUUUUCACUUUGGCGCUUCAAUUGCAUUUUAAUUGCGUUUCGUUUAAUAUAGAUUCUGUACAAUUACAAAAAUUCAUAUCCAUAUUUUGUGGAGGUUGAGUACAUGAAUGAAAUCUUAUUUAUGAAUAGGGAAAAUGUCAGCUGUUAAGUAUUCUUUGUAUAUUCUCUGAAAUAUUCGUUGCGCAUAUGAAAUUAAAACCUUACCUAAGAUUUUCUUAUAACGGAUUAAAGUUCUUUACAAAAGCGUUUGUUUAUAUUGGAAAACUACGAUUGAGCAAUAGAAAAAGUUUGCAUGUUGCGUCGCAAUUAAGAAUGUAGCUGGUAGCAGUUAGUCAAAGACGAGACUUUCUUUCAGCGUUAAUCUUCACUCUUUUUUUAUAGGGAGUUGCUUUUCCUGUGCAUUCGACUUAUUUAAAUUACUAACUGCAAAUUGCAAAAUUAACUGUAAAAAUAGAGUAUAAUUUUUAAGUAUAGUUUGCUAAUUAAAUUUAUUUACCAAUGUAUAAAAUAGUAUUUAGCGUCAAGACAGACAUGGAAUGGAAUGGCAUACAAAAAUGCCUAGAAAUAUAUAAAGUAAAUUCACUAACAAGUAAAUAAACGAACGUUAUGAUAACGCAGAUCAGGAGUGUACAAUAACAAUUUGUAUUAUUUGAAGAAUUUAAUUUAAAGUAAAUAAAUAAAGAAAUGAGACGAAAGUAAAGAGGCAUGUCUGUGCUUAUCUA